UAUAUCUUAAUAAAACUGUAAGUAUACGGUAUAGUAUUUUUGGAAGAAGCCAACUAAACCGAACCAGAUUAAACUAAAUUAAAUAUUGAAACAAGUAAUAAAAUAUUUAUGAAUUUAGUGCUGGAGACGACAGGACUCGAGAGAAACUUUUCGUCUGAAUCAUCCUUGUUUAUUUCGAAAUUAAGAGAGAGAGAGAGAGAGAGAGAGAGAAAACAUAUCUUUGGAUAUUUAUUACGGACCAUACGCGAUAACCAUAACUGCGGUCGACGAGAAUCACAAGACGAACACCGACCGCUGCGAUAUUGCUCACCGGAUAAUUCACAUUUGAACGUUUCGGUUCCGUUCAUACACGUACCGAUCCGACAGAGUCCGGCCAGCAUUCCUCGCAAGAAUAAUCGCGAGAUCAGAAUAUUGCAAAGUACAAACCAUAAAUCAGCUCUUCUGAUCCCCUGCCUCAUUUUAAAAAUGUGGUCAAGUUACGGCCUGACCUAAACAUAGGGUUCGGCGCCACUGAUGUUGACCAUAUAAUACAAUUUUUUUAUAAAUAAUGUAUAUGUUACCGGAAAAGAUAAAAAUUCAAGAAUUGUCAGUAUAUCCUAGUCAUUGUUGACAAUGACUGGAAAGGUUAGACAAUGUUAUAAAUCCGCAUUUAAACUAAUAUCAACACCGCUUUAUCGGUGAUUUAUCUGACUAUGGAACAUUCAAGUUUUCAUGAAAUAUAUAUUUAUUUUAAAUGACAAACAUUUU